CCAUCGGUCUCUUUCUCUCUUCGCUCGCUCUCAGGGUCCGCUGGCAGGUCUGCUGGCACUCCCGAAAUAAUGUUCGGAAGAACGGCACGGAGCACAAGGGAGAGGAACAGCGACGGAACGGAGAAAGGGGGGAAGGGAAGCGGAGCGUGAUAUCCAGAGAGAGAGGAAGAUGAGAAAGGAGAACGGAACAAGAAACGCCCGGAUCGAGCGCAUGUUACAUAAUUUUCGUAACUCCACGGUGAAGCGGAGAGGGCGACGUAAACUGGUGGGGAUGGGGAGUGGACGAUGGUCGACGACGAGGAGCUCCCCCGAGUGAUUGAUAGAUUUAUGUUUUGUAUGCGGAUUAUCGUGAAAUUUAUGAGUGAACAAAGAUGGUUACCGUACAAGAUAUUGGUCUGCAACUUACGAAACCAGUGAAAGAAUUAUCAAAAUGGAAUUUCCCCUUCUCACAGACUUUGGAAAAAUAUUGUACACUAUUCAAUGCAACAUGCAAUAAAAGUUUUGGCGAAGCUGGGCUUAUCCUGCAAAAUUCUGCAGCUGUAUAUGUCCAUAGAGUCGAUUCUCUUUGGAAUAUAACAGAAAAUUCUAGAAAUUUAUUAUUAAAUAAUGAACAGGAAGAAGUAACACAGAAUUCUAUAAAGAAAAGAGAUAGAAAAGUUGACAUGUGCUUUCAAGAAUUUAAAACUGUUAACUUUGCAAAAGAAGUAGAUAAGAAUAUUAAUAUUAAAAAGAAUACAACACAUGUGAAUACUAUCAAAUCAAAAAAUCGCUGCUUUGUUCAAUUAGAGAAGGGUAUCGCACAGCAUGUUUCCAUUGACAUUUAUGAUGUAAAUGGAGAAGUCAUAGGUAAAAAAUAUGAUUUUCGCUGCAAUCAAAAUAUAAGUAUAGAUGGUGUACUGGUUGAUGCUUUGGUUGAGUUUGCGCCUCAAGAUUUCUGUUGCGACAGUGAUAAUUCUAUAUCUUUAUCAACUCCAGAAUGUACAAUAUACAGUGACAAUAAUCAAAAUGCUGAUACUGACAAUGAUCAAAAUAGUGAUACUGAGUCUGAAAGGAAUAAUGAUGAUUCGCUGGAAGAAGAAAUUCCUGAUUUAAUUACAUCUUUAGAAUCAUCUCAGCAAAAUUUAUCUUUAUCCGAGAACGCUAGUAUCAACAAUACACUUGAUGGCUCAAAAAAAAUCUAUCCAAAUAUGUCAAACACUACCGACUCAUUGAUAACUGACAUCAAUAAUACUAUUUUAUGGAAUAAUAAAGAUUUGGAUGAUAAUUAUUUGAAUAAUAGAGAAAGUAUAGAUGGUAGUAGUGUAUUAGAUAGUCCGCCAGAGUCUGUAAAUUCAAAAGAUAGAAGAACAUCAUCGACGGAUGAUCUAGGUUUGAUAAAUGACACAAAUGAAGACCUUUCGAAAAUAAAUUUAGCUACCAAUAUUAUACAAAAUACUCCUCCAAAUAGCAAUAUAAAGAGUAAAAUAAAAUCGCGGUCUUCGAGAUCCACAUCGAAAUCGAUUAAGCGAAAAUUUGGCCAGAUAACAAAAAACGAAAUGCUUACACCAAGUAAAAGAGGACAAAUAGUAAAGAAAAAUCUCGCGCAUAUUUUGGAGGAAUCGACGCCCUCACAAAAAGAUAGACCAAAUAUGUUCAAAAAAAAUUUGAGUACCUGUAUAAAAUAUAUACGAGAAUACAAUUCUUCGCAAUACAACGAUGUUACGAAUAUAGAUUUGGAUCUCUUAGGAUUUCGGUUAUGCGUUAAUGUGGAAACGAAUACGAAUAUUAGCGAUAACAAUAUAACGGACACUUUGAUUAAUGAAGUCUCUUCACUUCGCAGUUCGAGUCCCAUAGACAUGUCGCUUCCGCAUGAAAAUUUCUGUGACAUUUGGUUGCAAUCGGACUCACCGCACUUCUCAAAAAAUGUUGACAAGUGGCAUGAAUUGAUGCAACCUAAAUUACGCGAGGCCGAGCAAAGAUCGACGUUUUGCAUUCGUGAUUAUGCGUCUCGAAUUAUAGAGACUUUCAAGACAAAUGAUCAACGAAGAAUCAGUUUUGACGCCGUUAUUGAAAAUGAACACGACGUGGCCAGAUACUUUUUAGCGUUGUUGGAUUUAGCUUCGAAACAAAAUGUAGAGAUAAACGCAGAUAAAGAUCUCAAACAUGACAUAGAAAUUAUUUUACGUGAAGAAGACAGACAAUCUAUGGUCAUCAAUGGUCAAGUGAAUUCACAUGAUUAACGAGCAAAUGUUUUAGUUCCGAGCACUGCUAUAUAUAAGAAAAAUAUAUAAGAAAAAUCAAUUUAUAUACCUUCGACUAUCGGGGGAACAGAAAGCCCUGUUUCUACUGUGAUAUUUUACCGUAAGAGUGCAAUUAAAUGUCUUCAAUAAAGAUAUAUAUCUUGUCUA